CGGCCCAGUAUAAGGGCUUCUAGCGAAUUCUGAAGCCCUCUUCACUCUUUUUCACCUCCACCUAAACAAACCGCAAUAUGUCUCAACCACACAAGCUUUGCAUGAUCCCAGGUAAAGCCAAAUGCCAACACCAUAAAUGUGUCUUCUAGGCUCUAUCAUAUACUCUUGCACACACGCAUAGCUACCUCGUAAGCAAACAAGCAACUGAACACUUUGUCGUCAUACUAGGUCCCAUCGAAUUUCACGAGGAUGUCCUGAAUGCCAUGAGCACCCCUGCUACUUCUCAUGUCGACCCUCUCUUCGUUCCUAUUUUUGGAGAGUCUAUUGAGCUUCUUCGCAAGGUACUGUUGACUAAAGACGCGCAACCUUUUGUUGUUGCUGGCUCUGGAACUCUUGGUUGGGAUAUGAUGGUUAAUCUCAUUGAGAGAGAUGAUGAAGUGUUGGUAGUCAACACCGGCUACUUUGGCGACCACUUCGGCGAAUGCUUGGAAGUCUAUGGUGCCAAGGUCACCCACUUGAGAGCCCCUAUUGGCUCUCGCCCAUCUCUCGAAGACCUUGAGCAGGUUCUCACUGGAAAGAAGUACAAGAUGGUUACCGUCACACACGUUGAUACCUCCACUGGCGUUUUGGCUGAUAUCAAGGGCGUUGCCAAGGUUGUAAAGUCCAUUUCACCAGAAACUAUUGUCGUUGUUGAUGGCGUUUGUUCUGUCGGUUCUGAGGAGAUCAGAUUUGAUGAGUGGAAUAUCGAUGUUGUUAUCACCGCUUCGCAAAAGGCUUUAGGUGUUCCCCCUGGUCUCGGUAUUGUUGUUACCAGCCAACACGCCAUGCAAAUCUUCAAGAGCCGCAAGACUCCUGUUGCUUCUUACUACUCCAACUGGAACAAGUGGUUGCCCAUCAUGAACGCUUACGAAGCAAGAAAGCCGGCUUACUUCGCUACUCCUGCCGUUCAACUCAUCUAUGCUCUCCAUACAUCACUCAAGCAAAUCACUGCUCAGUCUAUGGAUAGCCGCUUUGAGCAACACCACCAGGUUUCCCAGAAGUUCAAGAAUGCUAUCACUGAACUUGGCCUCAAGCAGUUGGCAGUCUCAGAUGAGGUAGCUGCUAACGGUAUGACCGCCAUCUGGCUUCCUGAUGGUGUUCAGGUCUCCGACAUUGUUCCCAGCUUGGCUGCAAAGGGUGUUCAAAUCGCUGGUGGUCUUCACAAGGAGUGCGCUGCCAAAUAUUUCCGUAUUGGCCACAUGGGUAUCUCCGUUACAGAACCUCAACGCGGUCAUAUCGACAAGGUCAUCGAAUCUCUCGCCACUACUUUGAAAGAGCUCAAGUCUAAGGCAUAAAUUACCUUACGAUAACCAGACUUAAAAAUCAGCUUAUGUAUUUUGUAAAUUUAAAAAUAUCGUAGAUCACACAACCCUGUUGAGCAUGAUAAAAAUAUAUCUCAGAACUUUGGUGAUGUAUAGAAAAUUCA